CUACCUCUACUAGCUCUUCGGUUCCGUGCUCUGUCCCUUUAAAAAAUAUCGGUACUUUCCGGAGUUGCUCGGCACUGCUCGUCAUCGACCCCUUUCACUGCGGCUCCAUCGCCGAGCGGACUGGCCCGCUGCUCUCAUCCGAGACCUCAGUGCACACUGUCGGAUCUAUUAAACCACCAACGCCGGUUCCCUGAAAGCCUUCAUCUCCUGUAGAAAUGCAGGCUAUCAAAUGUGUGGUGGUGGGCGACGGGGCGGUGGGUAAGACCUGUCUGCUGAUUAGCUACACCACCAAUGCCUUCCCUGGUGAAUACAUCCCCACUGUCUUUGACAACUACUCUGCCAAUGUGAUGGUGGAUGGGAAACCAGUCAAUCUGGGCCUUUGGGAUACAGCAGGACAGGAGGACUACGAUAGGCUCAGACCACUGUCUUACCCACAGACGGAUGUGUUCUUGAUAUGCUUCUCCCUGGUCAGUCCGGCCUCCUUCGAGAACGUCCGAGCUAAGUGGUACCCUGAGGUGAGACACCACUGCCCCAACACACCCAUCAUCCUGGUAGGCACCAAGCUGGAUCUGCGAGAUGACAAGGACACCAUUGAGAGGCUGCGGGACAAGAAGCUUUCCCCCAUCACCUACCCGCAGGGCCUGGCCAUGGCAAGAGAGAUUGGGGCUGUGAAGUACCUGGAGUGCUCUGCACUGACCCAGCGAGGCCUGAAGACGGUAUUCGACGAGGCCAUCCGAGCCGUGCUCUGCCCUCCGCCCGUCAAGAAGAGGGGGAAGAGGUGCACCAUGUUCUGAGGAGGAAACAUUGCUAAAACACUACACUACAUCACCAUGAACAACAACCACUACUUCUCUGAGAGGAUUUGAGAGAAAACUAGCAAGAGUGAGUGUACACUGCUGAGAUUGCUUUCUUUAUAUUGAUGUUUUUUCAAAGCGGUCUAUUGGUCUUGUUACCAAUAUUUAAUCCAAUUUUUUUACCAUUACUGAAUAGGCUCAUAGGUUCUCUGUGAAAGACAUUGACUGUCCACCUACUUUGUACUCAUAGAACCACAUCAAAGUUGCCACGAGGGCUGACAAAGGUUUCUAUUACUCGUCUUCAUACUGCAACAUCUCUUCUUUUUCAGCCAUGCUUGCUUGAAUUAAUGCAGUGUUGACUAGAUAGAAAGUAAAACUAUGAAUACGCCUUCAGGUCUGAAGUUACCCUUAGCUCCUGAUCUAAGAUCAGCAUGUGGAGACCAAAUGCAUACUACUGGCAUGCACACAGAAAUCGGUUGCUACUGACAGUAAACACAGAGUACUACUGCCUGCAUUCACUACAUUUCACAAAUAGAGCACGGUGGCUUAAAUGGAAAUAAUGUGGGUUUUCUACAAGAAAUGAGAACUCUGAUGAGGUAAUUCUGUUUUAUUACAACCUGGGUCUUCUUUUUGUAGUUUUAGCCUUCAUUCCAACCAGUAACAAUGUUGCACUCACUAAUUGCUUAGAUUUAGGAAGACAAAGUCUGAUGAGUCAAGAAACACAAGAACGGGCUAUAAAGCAACUCCAGUAGUUGUACUUAAUCUUGAAGACCUGUCUUGUAGAGGGGCCCUGUUUAAAACUGGGGCCAGGUAGUGUUUUAGUUUAGAAAAGCUAUAACAUUGGACAGAGUCAAAGGAAUGGGGGUUAAUGGGGGCCCAGUGGCCUUUCUGUUGCCUUUAACCUUAGAGGUUAAGAUGGCCAUGGCUAACCGUAGGCUAAUGGCUGUCUCGCUUCUCGUUUUCCUUGCCCUUUCGGACAUCUCAGCAGUUAUUUUAAUGUGUGCAAUGUAAUUGAUACUGACAGGAAUGAUGGACAAAACUAUGAACAUGUUCCAGACCUAGCAUAACAUUGAAAUAGCAGUCAAAAGUAAGUGUUGACUUUUAACUCCAGUGUCGCUGAGCUCAUCACGUUUUUGGCUUUUCUCAAAAAACGACUAAGUUAAGCUUGAGUUAAGAUAAUUUUGUCAAAUGACCUGAAGUUGUUUUAUGGUGGGAAAAAAAAAAGAUCUGUUUCUUGAACACAGUUGUGUUCUUGGACGAACAUCUGAUCUUAGUCAAGUGUCUUUGGGUAACUUCAUCUAACUGUGAACAUGUGACAGACAAGCAUGCCAAACAUGGGGGCUGUACAACCUUGCUGCCUGAGUUCUGCCUCUGGGGGUGGAGUAGCUUGCAUGGGUCUUAAAAUAUUCUGUCUUAAUUUAUCCCAUUGUUUAGAUCUUGUCUCUGUUCCCGUGUGUGUGUGCGCGAGUGAGCGAGUGUGUCACAGGCGUGUAUAUGAACACUGGUGUUUGUGUGUGCAGACGAGCAUGUGACAGCUUUGUUUCACAGUUUGGGGUAGUGCAUAAAAGACAGUAUUGUUUUAAGCCAAGUUUUUAAGUGUCCCGUUUUUGGUACUAUUUCAUAUUGUAUUGUAGUAAUACACAAGACAAGACAAAGAAAAAAACAGAUAUUGAUGACAUAUAGUGAUGUACAGAAUAAUCCUUAGAAAAAGGAAUGCGUUAUGAAUAUCUAUCUACAUGUACCGGAAUAUUUAGCUCUUAAAACUAAAACAAUUCAAACUAAAGGGAUUAUAGUCGCUUGUGUUGAAGUUAGAAAUGUUGCUAACAGUGUACAAUAAAGGGGCCAAUCUUUGUGGGGUUUGUCAUUGUGGCAAACAGUGCAGAUUGCACCUUUAUGAAAUGCAUUUCUGUAUGGUUCCAGGUCUGCAGUGUGUCUGUCUCCCUCGUGUGGUGAGACGCAGCACUGCAGUCCACCCUGUCACGCUGUCUUUGGUUGGCAUAGCAAACUGUGUGGUUGAAUCAUGUUGUGUGGUCCUGCCUAGCUAAGGUGUUGAAAUGUAGAUGAGAAAACGCAGCAAAACCAUUCUAAUCUACUAUUGCAUGGAAGUUCUCUGGUUAUUUGACACACUGUAAUUCUUAGGAGAGGUUGUAUGAAAUGCAUUGGCCAUGUACGUAUGUAAUGUAAGAUGACUUGUAUACUUGUUCCAACGGUUUGUCUUAUUUUUUAUUACUUCACAUCUGUGUGGUGAAAUAUUUCAAUUUUUUGUAUACUAAAUACAAAUGUAUAUGUAAGGUA